AAAAGCCGCGCGCCGGGGGUCGCCGUUGCGCUGUUAGAUCUUGUUCACCAACCGCUGAGUAUGGCGUCUCUUACGGUGAAGGCCUACCUUCUGGGCAAGGAAGAGGCGGCCCGCGAGAUCCGCCGCUUCAGCUUCUGCUUCAGUCCGGAGCCCGAGGCGGAGGCCGAGGUCGCGGCGGGCCCCGGGCCCUGCGAUCGGCUACUGAGCCGGGUGGCCGCUCUGUUCCCCGCGCUGCGGCCCGGCGGCUUCCAGGCGUACUACCGCGAUGAGGACGGGGACUUGGUUGCCUUUUCCAGUGAUGAGGAGCUGACGAUGGCAAUGUCAUAUGUGAAGGAUGACAUCUUCCGUAUUUACAUUAAAGAGAAGAAGGAGUGCCGGCGGGACCACCGCCCCCUGUGUGCUCAAGAGGCAACCCGCAACAUGGUGCACCCCAAUGUGAUCUGCGAUGGGUGCAACGGGCCGGUGGUGGGGACCCGCUACAAGUGUAGCAUCUGUCCUGACUAUGACCUGUGUGCUGGCUGCGAGGGGAAGGGCAUGCACAAGGAGCACAGCAAGCUCGCCUUCCCCAACCCCUUAGGCCACCUCUCUGAGAGCUUCUCUCAUAGCCGCUGGCUUCGGAAGCUGAAACAUGGGCACUUCGGGUGGUCCGGCUGGGAGAUGGGCCCACCAGGGAACUGGAGCCCACGUCCGCCUCGGGUGGGGGAUGCCCACUCCAGCCCCACAGCGGAAUCCGCUCCUGGUCCGUCGGAGGAUCCCAGUGUGAAUUUCCUCAAGAAUGUAGGGGAGAGUGUGGCAGCCGCCCUCAGCCCCCUGGGCAUUGAAGUUGAUAUUGACGUGGAACAUGGAGGGAAAAGAAGCCGCCUGACCCCCGUCUCCCCAGGCAGCUCCAGCACGGAGGAAAAGUGCUGUUCUCAGCCAAGCAGCUGCUCUUCCGACCCCAGCAAACCGCAUGGUGACAUGGAGGGUGCAGCGCAGUCUCUAGCGGAACAUCUGGACAAGAUAGCCCUGGAGUCAGGGGUGCGGCCUGAGGAACAGAUGGAGUCUGAUAACUGCUCAGGAGGAGACGAUGACUGGACUCACUUGUCUUCAAAAGAAGUGGACCCAUCUACAGGUGAACUCCAGUCUCUACAGAUGCCCGAAUCUGAAGGGCCAAACUCUCUGGACCCUUCCCAGGAAGGACCCACAGGGCUGAAGGAAGCGGCGCUGUACCCACACCUACCGCCAGAAGCUGACCCCCGGCUGAUUGAGUCCCUCUCCCAGAUGCUGUCCAUGGGCUUCUCUGACGAAGGUGGCUGGCUCACCAGGCUCCUGCAGACCAAGAAUUACGACAUUGGGGCUGCCCUGGACACCAUCCAGUAUUCAAAGCACCCACCGCCAUUGUGACAGUUUUUGCUCACCUCUUCUGUCCCCUUUGUUGUCUCAUAGUUGUGUUAAGCUAGUGUAGAACCCCAGUGCCUCUGUAAGGGCCAGUUUCUCCGCAUUUUUCUUCCAGAAUCGGGGGGUGGGGGUGGGGAUGCAUGAAGCCAUUUAGGGCAGUAGAACAAGUGACAUGAGGAGGGAGUUCCCUGUUGUGCUGAGGUCUUGGAAUCGUUGACUGGUGGCCCACAGCCUUCCCCCGGCAGAGCGAGACUCCUUGCUGGGAAGGACGCCGAGGCCACCCACAUCACGUCCCUGCUCUCCACCCACCAGGAUUACACCAGCAGUCCAGAAUAUAUCUUGCCUAUGGCCUUCAGCUUUUUCUUUUUUUAAAUGACUAGUAGUUGAUUUUCUGCUAGAAACCAGACCUACUCCGAGUUUAGCUAGAGUGCAGCCAACACUGUAGGGUGAAGCAGGCGGUCCUGGAGCGAGCACUGGAGAGUGGGCGGCCCAGGAUGGGCUUCACACCUGGGAGUAGGGAAGGGCUGAUGGGGCCAGUGUUGUUCCCUGAGCGCUGCCUUUUCCAUAACCACUGUAGUUCUCUCAUUUCCAAGUGUGUCACCUGCUUUGAAAGUAUGAAAAGCCCUUUAUAGCCAUUUUAUUCGCAUAUUUGUAAACAGUCUGUAAUUAAAUGGUAAAGCACUUUA